AUGUCGUCUAACAAGUUCUUUUUUGUAUUUAAAGACACAUUAAUCGAUAACGGUGACUCCAGUUUAAAGAUUUUAACAUUGAGGAAUCCAGCCACGAAGAAUCCUUCGAAAUAUUUGUUGCGACGUAACGACUCCAAAGAAACACCAAGUGUCUUGUAUGAAGUGAAUUGUUUCAACGAGCAGCAUCGAUCAUGGUUCAUCGAUGAGACCGUUUGUUCCAAUGGAAAAAUAUUUAUUCCCACACCAAUCGAUCCGCUGUUCCUCGCGCUGCCGUAUCUAGAAGAGCACUGCAGCGAAAAGGCGGUACCAUUGGAUCAAGUUUUCGUAGAUGAUAAGUUUCCCCUCACCACCUCAGUCCUCGUGGAGGUUUUGGAAUCCUCUAGGAUAAGCUUAAUAGCGGAUGAAAAAAGAGCUGGAAAUAUCGUUGCCUACAAGUACAAUGAAACGAAGGCUCUGGCGUGGCUGGUAGCCAAAUGCAAGCGAUUAAGCAGAGUCGUAAGUAAGCAGGAUGGACCAGCGGCACGCUCUAUGAACUUAAUCAAGGAGGAGAAGGAGAAUGAACUGGAGGAAAAUGCGUGCGUCGCUCUUCAGACGGCCUACGGAAUCGUCAGCGAUUACGUCUCGCUCGAAGUUUGCCGCAAAUUGUCGGUAGCGCUCGGUUUUCCCGAAGAUGAGAAUAUUUCCAAAAAACGUAAGUCUGCUGUCGAUUUGGAAUCCGCAGUGUUAAAGAAAAUUAAAAAAGAGGACAUACACGAAACAACACCCAUCAAACUACCGGCCGCAGAGAAAAAGGUAUCCGCGAAAGCCAAAGCGCUUGCCAAGGCAGCCAGCGGAUCGAAGAGCAUUUCUAGUUUUUUCAAGAAAUAACACAUUUUAUGUUCGUUAGAGUUUCACUGUUUAAUAAAAGCAACAAUUUUGGAAUGAGUUGUUCAAUUAAAGCUUAAAUAUUGUUAGCACAGCAUUGUCAUUUGUGUAU